AAAGUAUAUUGUUUGAGUCUCUGCUUUUAGUGCUUUUUAGCUGUAUGCCCCAAAGUAGGGUUGCUGGGAUCAUAGUUAUGGCAGCUGUUGAUUUUCUUGAUGAUGUCAUGGAGGCGAAACACAUUACCGAUAGAAAGAAAGACAGCACUCCUACUUGCGAAGCAUAGGAAUAGAAUCUGGCUUCCCAGUCUUUGAGGAGGAGGAGAGGAAGUUGAAGUUCAUCGCGGAGGACAGGGCACCGCGGUGACAUCAGGCCUGUCGUGGGCGCGUGUGAUUCCAGAGGUCAGCCAGAGGAUCCAGACGGCGCAGCCCGCCGGGCGCCAGGCCAUGCUGCACUACCUGCUGCCCUGGGUGAACAACAUCGAGCUCGUGGACCCGAGGCCCUUGCCCUCCCCCAGGCGACACGAGGACGACGAGGACGACGCCCUGAAGGACCGAGAGCUGAUGGUGACGAGCAGGCGCUGGCUGCGGGGAGAAGGCUGGGGGUCGCCCCAGGCCACGGCCAUGGUCCUGAACAACCUCAUGUACAUGACGGCAAAGUACGGCGACGAGCUGGCCUGGUCGGAGGUGGAGAACGUGUGGACCACACUCGCGGACGGCUGGCCCAAGAACCUGAAGAUAAUUUUGCACUUUUUGAUCAGCAUCUGCGGGGUGAACAGCGAGCCAAGCCUCUUGCCUUACGUGCGUAUUCAAGUUCAU